CAUCCACUGACAGAUCAAUCACUGUGCAGGUCCGCCGCAAUCGCAAGCUGCUGCGGUUUGCUGCCGCAUUCGUUCACGGGUCAAUGGACAAGCGUGCAGCGCACGCCUACAGUGUCGCUGCCCUGCACCCUCAGCUCUCAGAGGUCGUGCAGCGCAUUGGUUGCUGUGGUCGGGAUGUCGCCAGAUUGUUGAUGUCGGAAGCUACAUUGCGACUCCAAGUAAAUUUUUGGCAGCUCACAGGGAUAGUUAAGAACAAAAUCACGUGCCUGACCCCACCAACACCGCGGCAAGUCCAGUUUGAUGACUUCAAACCUGAAUUUGGAAUCCUGAAUCGCAUCGCCUCGUUCCUGAAAGUGGGCGAUGUCCUGGACGAUGACGAGUCGCAAGACUGCACGUCGGAAUAUCCCUACCUCGAGGAUGCGGACACUGGUGCCUGUGGACGUGCCGUUCGCAGGAAAAGACUUGUCUUGUGAUGGGCAUCUUAUGCACCACAC